UAUAUAUUAAUUAAUAAUGAGUUAAGAAAAAGAUUUCUAAUAUGAUAUCCACGAUGUCUAAAAUAUUAAGACUGCCUUCUUAGAUUUACAUUAAUAGGAAAGCACAGGAUUCAAAUUGGGAUUUGGGACAGCAAUUUUAUCAUAUUUUGUUUUUAGAAGAUUCACAUACUUAAGAACAGGACCAAGGUAUAUCAUAAUUUAAAUACAAUAGAUUCAUCGGAUCAAUGAUAUUGGGUUCGUAAAUCUAUGGAUUUUAUACACACAAAUCAAGAGCCUAUUAUGACUAUGUUGCUCAAUAAGUAAAUUUGCAUGCAUCAGAAGCAAUAAAUCAAUGUUUAGGACAUUGAUCUAUAUAAUAAUAAUAAUAAAACACAUAACAAAAUAUAUUAUUUGUUG